GAAUACCAGAACUCUGAAGGCAGUAUUGGCCACUUCAAAGACUCCCAAUUCUUGGUGUUUAUCAAUCGCAUUUUGGCCUUCAUGUUAGCAGCUACUUACCUUGGAUUUACUAGACAACCAAGGCACACAGCACCCAUCUAUAAAUAUUCAUACUGCUCAUUUUCAAAUAUUAUGAGUUCUUGGUGUCAGUAUGAGGCACUCAAAUUUGUUACUUUUCCCACACAGGUGUUGGCCAAAGCAUCAAAGAUUAUCCCAACCAUGAUAAUGGGCAAGAUUGUCAGUGGAAAGAAGUAUGAGUACUUUGAGUAUGUGACAGCUAUACUUAUUUCAGCUGGUAUGACAAUGUUCCUCUUAGGAUCAACGGAAUCAAAAGCAAGCUCAAGCAGCAGCACCACUUUAUCUGGGAUCAUCAUCCUUAUAGGGUACAUGUCAUUUGAUGCCUUCACCUCUAACUGGCAAGGAGAGCUCUUCAAUCAGCACAAGAUGUCAUCUGUACAAAUGAUGUGUGGUGUUAACCUGUUUUCUUGCCUUUUCACCACUGCUUCUUUGAUGCAGCAAGGCAGCUUCAGUUUGUCUUUUAAAUUCAUGCUCACUUAUCCAGCAUUUUUCUGGGACAGCCUUAUUCUUUCAAUCUGUUCUGCUACCGGCCAAAUGUUCAUCUACCACACUAUCUCUGUCUUUGGCCCUGUAGUCUUCAUCAUUAUCAUGACUAUACGUCAGGGCUUGGCUAUACUUUUGUCAUGCAUCAUUUAUGCCCACCCUGUGUCUGUGAUGGGCAUUUUGGGGAUCAUCAUAGUCUUCACAGCCGUCUUUUUACGUGUUUACUGCAGUCACCGACUCAAGCAGAUCCAACAGAGGAGAGCAGGGGGAGAUGCAUCCAAGGUCUAGGGCCUAUUGCUGUCUUGUGUGUUGAUGGCUUGAAGCUUCCCAAGUUAUGUGCCUGAGUAGUUGUUGAUCCACUGCUGAAACUUGGUGGUUUAUGCAGAGUUUAUCUUUUAAAUAUUUAAUAUUAUACAAUAAUUUUUUAUAUAUUUAUUAUAUACUCUUAGAUUUUUAAGACUGAGGGACAUUAAACAUGUUUUACCCACCAUAAAGUUUUUUAAAAUGCAAGGAGAUCCAGAAAUUAAUAUGAUGAAUUAUAAUUUAUAAGGAUUCUUUUAUUGAUAGAAUUUAAGAAUGAAUAUGAAUUAUAUAAAGCCCUUGCUAAAAAUCAGUGAAAAUAAAUUGUUGAGUUUGUUUCAAAUGCUGAAGGUAUUUAGUAGUAGGGAUUUGCCUUUGAGACAUGAAAGCAGUGAAAUCAGGCUCAGGUGUACAAGUGACUUUUUUGUUAAAAGUGUGUAAGCUUUUCUUUGAUUAAUAAGUUGGUCCAGAAGAACUUUAAGAGGCAUGUAACUUCUCCCGUCUUCUAAUAACAUGCUCUUUUUUCCACUAUAAUCUUCCUUGUCAGUAAUUACUAUCGCAUUUGCUUUUUUUUUUUAAGGUGAAGUUUAGGAUCUUUCUUUAAUUCAUGGUAUAACUUAACAAAUAUUAGAGAAAAGCUCAGACCUCUGCAACACAAUUGUCCUUAAAGAUUUGUUAAGUUAUACCAUGAAUUAAGGAAAGAUCCUGGACUUCACCUUAAGAAACAGACAAAACAAAUACAAUAGUAAUUAUGGACAAGGUAGAUUAUAAUGGAAAAAUGAGCAUGUUAUUAGAAGACAGGGGUACUUACGUGCCCCUUAAAGCAAACACAAGCAUGCAUGCACAAGAAACAUACAGGGACAUAUACGCAGCUGUGACGUACCAAUGACCAAUUUCGAACAUACAAGGACAUAUACACAGCUGUGACAUACUGAUGACCAAUUUCAUUUUUUUUUUUUCACUCUGGCAAUCUGACCUGAGAUCAGGCUUUCCUGCUGAUUGCCUGUUAAACCAGGCUAUUGCUUUUUGCAACCUACUGGCUCACAUAGCCAUCAUAACUUUGUUGACCACACAAGUAAGUCAAAAGUUAGUGGCGGGACCAAGAAUGGGAGCCCUCUUACACCCCACUUCCCUCAAAGUUCAAUAGUUAAUUGCAAUAUAAUAAACAUGUGUUAAUAUAUGUAACACUGGCAUGGAAUUUCUACCUCCUCAGACAUGCUGUAUAAGAAAGCUCAAGGAGUUUGAGAGAUUUGCUACCACACUAAGUCAUGAUAAUAAGGAUUUAAAUAAUAAGAACAGACUUCAAGAACAGAGUCUCAUAACAAUGGAGAUAUGAGGGGGCAGGGAAUGUGAUCACAGUGUUAAAGAUACUCAGAGAAAAUGGCUUGGUGCUUUUUUAGUGAGAUAUUUCAGAGAUAUUUACAAAGGAAUCUAUAGACUGAAUGUUAUGUGAUAUGAUGAGAGUAUGAAGAUUGAAAGUAAAGUGCAAAAGAAAUGCUGUAGUAUAUGAAAAAGUUUUCAUUUAGCAAAUGGAAUGUGCUUGAUGCAUUAUACAGAUAGGGAAAUGUUAGAAAAGAUGUUCACAACAUAUGUUAGAACCUGUUAAUUUACUCAGAGUUUAUCUUUUUAAUAUUUAAUUUUGUGGUAAUUUUCUAUGUAUUUGGUAUAUACUUUUAGAUUUCCUAAAACUUUAGUGAUAUCAAACAUGCCAUACUUUAUUCCUUAAUGCUGAAUUUUUGAAGAGUUUUUGAAAAUGCAAGGACAUCCAGAAACACAUACGAUAAACUAUAAUUUAUAAGUAUUCUUGUAUAUUGAUAGAAUUUAAUAUCAGCACAAAUUACAUAAAGCCCUUGCUAAAAACAAUGAAAACAAACUCUUAAUAGGGCUUGUAACAGUUACUGAAGCUAUUUAAUAUUGCUGACCUGUCAAGUGUACAAGCAGUGAGAUCAGGCUUGGGUGUAUAAGUGACAUAUUUGUUAGACAUAUAUAAGCUUUUCUUUGAUUUGGAAGUUGGUCCAUGAAACAUUAGAAGCAAAUUCGUAAGUAUGCAUGCAAACAAACAUGUGAAAUAUUUAUGACCAGUUUCUGCAUUUUUUCAACCCUUGCAGCCUAACUUGAGAUCAGGCUUCCCUGCUGAUUGCCUGUUCAAUCAGGCUAUUGCUGAUAGCAGCCUGUUGGUCCAUAUAGUUAUCAAGGCUGGCUGAUCACAUCAGUAGGUCAAAAAUUAAGUGGUGGUACCAAGAACUGGAGCUCACUCUCCCUACCCCCACAAGCUUAAGUAGAUAAUUACAAGAUAAAGAGCAUACAAUAUGUUAAGUCAGUAUUAAUGUAUGUAACACUGGCAUGGAUACCAUACCUCCACAGAGAUACUAAUACAAAGCUCAAGGAGGUUGAGAGAUUAGCUACCAAGAUAAUUUAGAUCUAGGAUCUAAGUUACAAGGACAAACUACAGUAACAAGCCUCACAACACUUGAGGUAUGAGGGAACAGAGGGCAUGUGGUCAUAAUAUUAUAGAUACUCAGGGAGUAUGUCAUAGUACUUCUUUGUGAAUACUGUAUAAUAAUAGUACUCAUAUCUUGACAAGGGAAAUACAGAUAGACUGAACCAUGUACAAUGAAGCUGUGAGAAUAAAGAAGGAAACUAAAAGGGAAACUGAGCAACAGAAAUACUGUACAUGCAGGAAAUUUUUUUAUUUGAGGAUAUUGAGCAAAUGGAAUACACUAGUUACAUGGAUGGGAAAAUGCUAAAAACAUUGUUCACAUUGUAUGUUAGAACAAAGUUGGAAUAUGUAGCAAUGGUAUGGUGUACUCGAUUUAAACACCCGGACAAGAUGAAGAAAAUGUUCAAAGAGAAGCUGCAAUAUGGCUACCAAAACUGAACAUUAUGAAGAAAGGCUAAAGGCAUUAGAAAUGCCUUCUUUGGCUGAGGAGGAACAGAGGAGAACUGAUAACAUUAAUAACAAAAAAAGGCACAAUACCGUGACUGGAACAAUACACAAAUAACCCGCACAUAAAAGAGAGAAGCUUACGACGACGUUUUGGUCCGACUUGGACCAUUGACAAAGUGACUUUGUCAAUGGUUAUGUGCGGGUUAUUUGUGUAACUGGUAACAUUUUUUUAAAAUGAUUUAACAAAAAAAAAUUUAAGAUUUUCUUGCACAGUCAUCAAGGAGAACAAGAGAAUAUUGUUAUAAAUUUAGAGAACAGGUGCCAAGAACAAUACGGUAGGGCCCCGCUUUACGGCGUUCCGCUAAUACAGACAUUUCAGAUUAUGACCAUAAUUUGCUAUACAGCUCCCCCCCACCUGACUUUCUAAUACAGUGACUGUGCACCACCUGGUUGGUUUACAUUAUCCAUGAGCUCCGUGUCUCUCCCUUAUGGAAACUUUCCAAAAUUUCAAGCGUUUUGAAGUUAUUUCAUAUUUUAUAUCUUUUUUUUCAACAAACCGGCCAUAUUCCACUGAAGCAGAGUGGCCCAAAAAGAAAAACAAAAGGUUUUGCUUUUUAACUUUAGUAAUGUAUACAGGAGAAGGGGUUACUAGCCCCUUACUCCCAGCACUUUAGUUGCCUCUUAUGACAUGCAUGGCUUAUGGAGGAAGAAUUCUGUUCCACUUCCCCAUGGAGAUGAGAGGAAAUAAACAAGAACUAGUAAGAAAAUAGAAGAAAACCCAGAGGGGUGUGUAUAUAUAUACUUGUACAUGCAUUUAUAGUGUGACCUAAAUGUAAGGAGAAGUAACAAGACAUACCUGAAAUCUUGCAUGUUUAUGAGACAGAAAAGAACACCAGCAAUCCUACCAUCAUGUAAAACAAUUACAGGUUUCCAUUUUACACUCACUUGGCAGGACUGUAGUACCUCCCUGGGAGGUUGCUGUCUACCAACCUACUACCUACCAAUUUAUAUAUUAUUAUUAUGAUUAUUAUUAACACAGCCGUUUCCCACCAAAGAAGGGUGGCCCGAAAGAGAAAAACUUUCAUCAUUCACUCCAUCACCAUUUUGCCAGAGGCAUGCCUACACUACAGUAAAUUAACAUAAAUAUGAGAUGUUUUUCUAGUCAUCUUGUCAGAGUGUCAGAAAGAAUAACAUUUUCUCUAGUUCAACUUUAGAAAAUUAUUCCUUUUGUAUGCCUUCAUUCAUAGUGUCAUUCUUUCUAAAAAUGUUGAGUUACACGAGAAUGGGAGUGUUGCUCUUCAUUUAUUCUACUGUACCAAAGUGGAGACAACUCGUACACAGUUUAAGUUGUUUGUAUUAUGGUAUAAGCUUCACAAAUAUGGAAAUGAGUAACUCUGUCUGACUUUUUUGGGUUAUCCUAGGUAAUCUACACAUAUGCUGCUAUGUAUGAUAAUCUAUUUAACUGUAUUUAUGUAUACCUGUACCUGAAUAAAAACUGACUCACAAACGUAGAAAUGAACGUGUAUGAACCAUAACCAGAUGCGUUCAUCUGUUUGUUUACAUACUCUGCAUCUCUGUCCUCUCUCAUUUACUAGUUCUCUCAUUCUCAUUUAUUUGUUUACUCACUUCUCACCCUAUAUUAGGACUACAGAUGAGUGUACUGUAUAUGCAUUUUAUUGCUCUAGGAUGCUUUAAAUGUUUAUUACAUGUGGGUGGGGUGGACAUACCUACCACACCUGAUGUCUUACAAACUACUUACCUCUCACCAUACAUUAAGACUACAAAUAUUUUAAGGUAAGUAAUGAUUACGCUGUUUGUGUAUUUUACUUUUAAUUGUUUUUUAAUGCCUAGUUCUAUUGCUAACUUAAUAUAUGUUAGUGUAAACUUGUUAUCUGGCAUUUAUAUCAUUUAUAAGUAGAAAAAAUGGUGUUCUACUUACCAGCAGUAGCCUGGAACUUAACCUACUGUAUAAGUGGGGCCCAACUGUACAUAAAAAUUGUUCUUCACAGCUGUAAAACAAUGGAAUGAGUUAACCCUUUGACUGUUUACGCUGUAUAUAUACGUCUUACGCGCCACUGUUUCUGACAUAUUAAUACGCGCAAAUUCUAGCGGCUUCAAAUCAAGCAGGAGAAAGCUGGUAGGCCCACAUGUGAGAGAAUGGGUCUGUGUGGUCAGUGUGCACCACAUAAAAAAAAUCCUGCAGUACGCAGUGCGUAAUGAGAAAAAAAACUGACCGUUUUUUUGGAUUAAAACGCCGACUUUGAGGUGUAUUUUUGUAUUACUAUACUUAUCGUUGUAUUCUCAUUUUCAUGGUCUCAAGUGAUAAAAUGGAAAACAUAUUACAGAAAUAGAGAUGAUUUUGAUUACUUUCACGAUGAAAACGACCUUGAAAUUGAGCUCAAAGUAGCGGAAAUGUUCGAUUUUUACCAAUGUUCAGGAGUAAGCAGAUCACACCACAAGUCCAAUACACGUCAACUGGGGAGUCUAAUAUUCUUUCACUAGUGCACUUAUAUUAUUUAUACCAUUUUUACAAUAAUGCAGUAGUCUGCAUACCAGUAAAUUUUGUAUUUUUUUGUAUGAAUAAAAAAUCAAAAUAGAAAGCAAUAGUAAUAUAAGAAGGGCCUAGAGAUGUGGCUAAUGAACAGAAGAAAUGUUAUUUUAGUGCCAAGAAUGUCUACAUUGUUUAUUCGGGACCCUAUUUUGAAAUUGGCAUCUUUUUUAAUUUGUGUGAAAUUGGCCAAAUUGCCAAUUUCUGACCACUUUAUUGGGUAGCUCAAAUCGGUAAAUGGGCGGUUUCUUGUACUCAACUGAUAGAUAAAAUGGAGUUCUAAAGAAAUAGCUAUGAGUUUGGUUGACUGGAACAACAGAAUUGGCUGUAAACAGGGCUCAAAGUCAGCAAAAUCACCGAUACGUAUAUGUCGCCGAGACCGCUAAUUUCACGGGAGAGUAAUUCCGUGAGUUUUCGACCAAAUUUCAUACUUUUGGUGUCAUUACCAUCGGGAAAAGAUUCUCUAUCAUUUCAUAAGAAUUUUUUUUUUUUUUUUUUUUUUUAAAUUUAUCGACAUAGAAUGACAUUUCAGAAAGGGGCCUGCGACAGUCAAAGGGUUAAAAAGCUCUAAAAAAAAUUUUUUUUUAACAUGUCAGCUGCUUCCCACUGAUGCAGGGUGACCCAAAAAAAAAAGAAAACUUUCAUCAUCAUUCAACACUAUCACCAUCACUCAUACAUAACCACUGUCUUUGCAGAGGUGCUCAGAUACGACAGGUUAGACGUCCCUCCAAACUGCCAAUAUCCUAAACCCCUCCUUAAAGUGCAGGCAUUGUAUUUCCCAUUUCCAGGACUCAAAUCCGGUUGACUAGUAUCCCUGAAUCCCUUUACAAAAUAUUACCCUCACCCACAAAACCACCUUUACCCCCUCCCUCCAACCUUUUCGGGAAUGACCCCUACCCCACCUUCCUUCCCCAAUGGACUUAUAUGCUCUCCAAGUCAUUCUGCUUUGUUCCAUUCUCUCUAAAUGAUCAAACCACCUCAACAACCCCUCUUCAGCCCUCUGCCUAAUACUUUCAGUAACUCCACACCUCCUAAUUUCCACACUACGAAUUCUCUGCAUAAUAUUUACACCACACAUUGCCCUUAGACACAAUAUCUCCACUGCCUCCAGCUAUCUCCUCACUGCAGCAUUUACAAUCCAUGCUUCACACCCAUAUAAGAGUGUUUGCCACUAUACUCUCAUACAUUCCCUUCUUUGCCUCUAUGGAUAACGUUCUUUGUCUCCACAGAUACCUCAAUGUACCACUCACCUUUUUUCCUCCAUCAAUUCUAUGGUUUACUUCAUCCUUCAUAAACCCAUCCGCUGACAAAUCAACUCCCAAAUAUCUGAAAACAUUCACUUCUUCCAUACUUCCUUCAAUGUGAUAUCCAAUUUGUCUUUAUCUUAUUCGUUUGAUACCCUCAUCACCCUACUCUUAUCUAUGUUCACUUUCAACUUUCUACCUUUACACAUCCUCCCAAACUUGUCCACUAACCUUCACAACUUUUCUUUAGACUCCCCCAAAAGCACAGUAUCAUCAGCAAAAAGUAACUGUGUCAACUCCCAUUUUGUAUUUGAUUCCCCAUAAUUUAAUUCCACCCUCUCCCCAACACCCUAGAUGGAGUUGUAAAAGAAGUAAUACUAAAAAAAAUAUUUGAUGAAUUAAAUGCUAAAGAUGGGACACCAUGAGCUGAGCUCUGCUCUUAUACCUACUAAUGUGCAAUAUUAAACAGUUAAUAACCCGGACACCUGCCUGUAAUUACCGGCAGUAUGAUUAUUCAGCACUCAUUACUUUCAGUUUGGCCAAUCUUUCUUUCAGCAGUUACUUGUACCUCUCAGUAGGCAUCAUUUUCUCUCAUUUCCACUUUUUUUUUUUUUUACCCACUGAUCCCAUCCUCUUUGUACUUUUACCUUCUUAUACUAACUACCAUGGAAUAAUGAUCAGACAAACCAGUCACUCCUUUAGAACAAUGUUAAUUCAAGAGUCUACUUCAUAACCUGCCCACUAACAAUCUAGCAGGCUAUGCUUAUCAUACUUUGUCUUUUGAAAUGUGUAAUUCUUAUUGCAAAACCCAUUUCUAAGCACAAUGCAAUAAAAGGCCUUCAUUAUCAUUUAUGUCUUAGUGGUUAGCUAAUUUACCUUGAAUGAAUGACCACUAGGCAGGGGAUUAUUCUAAAGUAUUAACCUGUAAUGUAUUAUGCUUCAGUUCUAGUGCCGAUGAUUUGACAAAGAAAAUGAAUCUGUUUAUAACAUUUUUUAUUACCAUAUAAGUUUCAAAAUAUUUUUUUAAAUUACUGAAUGUCAGGCCCCUGAAAUUUUAACUACAUACUAUAGUCCCACUUCAUCAAAAAUUCUUCAGAUAUGUGUAUAAAAACAAUUUAACAUGGUAGACUUUAGGAAAGUAUAUGCUGUACUGUACAGUAUAUCAUUAUAUGAAGAUUUAAACAAAAUUUUUAUUUUCCACAAAAAUAAUAAUAAAUUGGAAGUAAAGCAUCAUAUAAUGCACAGUAAUAUAUUCAAAUAUAGUGGACCCCCGACUUACAAUAUUAAUCCAUUCCUGAGAGCACAUCGUACAAUGAAAUUAUCAUAAGUCAAAUUAAUUUUCCUCAUAAGAAAUAAUAGAAAUCAAAUUAAUCCAUCAAGACACCCAAAAGUAUGAAAAAAAAAAUUUUUACCACAUGAAAUAUACAUUUUCCUACACACAAAAAGGAUACAUGCACAAUAUAUAUUGUGCAUGUACUAGUGUACUAAAUGAAGAAUAAAUGACACUUACCUUUAUUGAAGAUGUGGUGAUGAGUGAUGAGACACUGUGUCCUGGGAGUGCCUUUUCCUCCUGAUUAAUGUAGGUCCUGUUUGGCAUUUUCUUCCAGAACAGGCCUUAUCACCAAUAUGAGCAUUAGUUCCAGGCAUUUUUUCCUGUUCACCUGGGUGUUAGUAGACUGGUGUGGGUCGUAUCCUGGGGGACAAGAUUAAGGACCCGAAUGGAAAUAAGUUAGAGAGUCCUCAAUGACACACUGACUUUCUUGGGUUAUCCUGGGUGGCUAACACUCUGGGGUUAAUUGUUUCUCGGUAUUCUCAGUAAGCCACACCAAUAACAGUCUCUUCACAUCUUCGAGUGGUACAGCUGACCGUGGUGCAGCAGCAGCUGACUGUGGUGCAGCAGCAGCUGACUGUGGUGCAGCAGCAGCUGACCAUGGUGCAGCAGCAGCUGACCAUGGUGCAGCAGCAGCUGGCUGUGGUAUGAUAGUAUUUUGAUAAUAUUUCUCACCUUUUUUACCACGGUGGGCACUAGAAGCUUUCUUUGGGCCCAAGGUGGCUUAUUUAGCAGUUACAUGCACUAAAAACACUGGAAUAAUACAAAAUUUAUCGAGUGUAUGUGUGCAACCGGGACGAAUGAUGUAAGUCGAGCUUUUCAACAUAUGUCGGGGUCAAAUUUUUAUGCUGACAAGCAUCGUAAGUCGGUUUUAACGUAGGUUGAGGACAUCGUAAAUCGGGGGUCCACUGUGUUUAAUACUUCGUUAUGCUAUAAUCCCAAGUCAUGCAAACUAUAAUUUUAAUAUUUCCUUCUCUUACCUUUAUAAUUUUUUUUUCAACAAACUGGCCUUACCCCACUAAGGCAGAAAGAAAAAUGAAAGUUUCUCUUCUUAAAUUUAGCAAUGUGUACAGGAGAAGAGGUUACCAGCCCCUUGCUCCUGGCAACUUGUAUAAUUUUUUUUUUAACACAUCAGCUGUUUCCCAUCAAGGCAGGGUGACCCAAAAAGAAAGGAAAAAAAACUUCCAUCAUCAUUCAACACUUUCACCAUCACUCAUACAUAAUGACUCUUUGCAGAGGCACCCAGAAAUGACAGUUUAGAUGCCUCUCCAAACUGCCAAUAUCCCAGAUAGUUCUUGUUAAUAGUUCUUGUUCUUAUUAUUUUUCCUUUCAUAUCCAUGGGGAAGUGGAAUAAGAAUCUUUCCUCUGUAAGCCAUGCAUGUUGUAAAAGUUAACUAAAAUGCCGGGAACAGUGGGCUAGUAACCCCUUUUCCCGUAUAGCCUCCUAAAAAUAAAUAUGAGUUAUUAAUUAAACUGUUAGGCUAGUUUUCUCAGUUUGUACAAUAUUAAAAAUCUUUGAAUAAAAAUGAUGUAACAUAUGACAAAUAUCAUUGUGUGUGUACUGAAAGAAGAUCUAUUCAUAAAACUAAAAAAUUUCAUCAUGCCAUAUUCAUCUCAUUUGUAUACAAUUUUUCCUUAUUCUAUUUUUAUAGCAGUAAUUUUUGUGAUUAUACUCUAUUCUUACAAAAUGUCUAAGAGAAAAUCUGCAGCAUAUUAUACUGCAUGAUAUACACUUUAUUCUGAUUCUGGCUUGUAUGGCUGAAGAGAUGAAAUGGAAGCCACUGCCACAUGCUAAUUGCAACAUCCAUUGUAAUAUAAAUCUGGUGAUUUUAUUCGUGAAAAUUUUGUUAAGUGUCAGCCAGAGUGACUUUUGUGUUGAUUUUCUUACUACAACCAAUCGUGAAUGUUCUUGAGAAGAAUUAAAGGACAAUUGUAAGAUGAAUAUCCCAAUGGCACAGGAGUUAGAGUCCCAGUUUAUUGAAGCAGUUCUUACUGCAUCAUAUUUAUAACUUUGAUCUCAGUUGAAAUAAGGGUGAAAUUCAUUAAGGAAUUCUUAAAAAUUAAAAAUAAAAUGAACUUAUGGGCAAGUCUUACUCUGUAUCAUAGAGUAGGUUUCCUAGUAGAGUAUGGUAAGCAAUUGGCACACAAACAGUGAAUCAUCAUGUAAUAUUGACCAGGUUUAUUUUUAGUUAAGCUUAUGGAGUGUUGUAGCAUUUAAGAUGCCUCAGCAGUUACGAGGUUAGAUGGUGAUGGGCAUUGGUUUUGUGUGUUGUCCUCUAUAAUUUUAGUAAGCAUGUUUAAUUUUUUCAGCACAGAUUGAUUGCUUGCUUGUAAUUGCACAUGUAUGAAUUUUUAUUUUAAAUUAUAUUUCAAGCAGACAAUAGUUUUCACUGAAAAUAAUUCCGUACUCACAUCUUUCAAAGACAAUAAAAAUUUGUUAUCAAA